UCCAAUAGUUUAAGGGAUUACUAGCUUAAAAUGUCAGCAAAUUUCUCUAGCUAAGUUCUACUUAAAACAAUAUUUAAAUUCAUAUUAAAAGUUUAUGAUCGUCUUUGCAAAACCUAAGCUAUAAAAUGCAGAAUUAGUUUCUUAAGGAACUUCACUGCAAGACAUACAGAAUGGAAGUUAAAAAUAUUCAAUAUUAUUUGUAUGACGAUGAAGAAGGAGCUAGCACUGCUGAAGCUGUUAUGUUAGAGGAAACUAAUUUAUUACAACACAUAGACGAGGCUGUUCAAGCUAAUAAAGACAUUUACUCAGAAGAUGAAUUAAAUGCUGCCACCGCCAUGAUGUUAAUGCAUUAUCAAGCUAUUGUUCAUCCUCAAACAGUUAACACUUAUAAUUUCGAUGCACAAACUUGUCAACAGAAAGAAAAACUACAAACACCCAAAUCUAUGAUGACCAAGGAACAUAACAAUCAAAAUAUUCAUAUGGAUACCAUGGAACAGAUUCGUCAAUAUCGUAAGUGUAAUUACACUCAAUCGUCUCUAUUGGCCUCAUGUCGUAAUAUUUUAAAAGAAUUUUUGGCUCAGAACGGUUUGUGAUUACACGGCAGCGGCGGCGUCUGUAACAAUGUUAAAAACAUAAUAUUUUGCUUAAAGUAUAAAUUUGAUAAAAAAAAACUCUUUGAGGGUUAAUUAGUAUGUAGAUAAGAAUAAUUAAUAAAUGGAAUAUGAUUUAAAUGCAC